GAGUGGUGCGCAGCGAUGGGGUCGUGGGGGAUCCUGGGCUGGGGGCUGCUUUUGCUCCGCGGCGUGUGCGGGGCGGCGGGCGAGCCACACUCCCUGCGGUACUUCUGCACCGCGAUGACGGAUCCCGGCACCGGGCUGCCCUGGUUCGUGUAUGUGGGGUAUGUGGACGGCGAGAUCUUCGUGCACUAUGACAGCACCGCGCGGAGGUUCGUGCCCCGCAAGGAGUGGAUGGCGGCCAACAUGGACCAGCAGUACUGGGACGGACAGACGGAGAUCGGACAGAGCGAUGAGCAGAUUAACCGUGUGGACCUGAACAUACUGCAGGAACGCUUCAACCAGAGCGGCGGGUCUCACACGGUGCAGCGGAAGAUAGGCUGUGACAUUCUUGAGGACGGCACCACCCGGGGGUAUCAUCAGGUGGCGUAUGAUGGGAGAGACUUCAUUGCCUUUGACAAAGACAAGAAGACGUUCACUGCAGCAGUUCCAGAGGCAGUUCUCACCAAGAGGAAAUGGGAGGCGGAUCCAACUUAUGUUGAUCAACGGAAGCAUUACCUGGAGGAAACCUGUGUGCAGUGGCUGCGGAGACACAUGGAGCACGGGAAGGCAGAGCUGGAGAGGAGAGAGCCGCCCGAGGUGCGAGUGUGGGGGAAGAAGGCUGACGGGAUCCUGACCUUGUCCUGCCGCGCUCACGGCUUCUACCCGCGACCCAUCGACGUCAGCUGGAUGAAGGACGGCGUGGCGCAGAACCAGGACACCCAAUCGGGGGGCAUUGCGCCCAACAGCGAUGGCACCUACCACACCUUGGUCACCAUCGAUGCACGGCCGGAGGACUGGGACAAGUACCAGUGCCGCGUGGAGCACGCCAGCCUGCAACAGCCCGGCUUCUACUCGUGGGAGCCAUCACAGCCCAACCUGGUCCCCAUCGUGGUGGGGGUGAUUGUCGCCAUUGUGGCCAUCGCCAUCGUGGGUGGUGUUGGAUUCAUCAUCUACAGAAGCCAUGCAGGGAAGAAAGAGAAGGGCUACAACAUUGCCCCUGCCCAGGAUGGUGGAUCCACCAGCUCAGGCACAGGGAGCGACCGCCCCGUCAUCUGAGUGCUGUGCUUCAGCCUGCAAGUGGAAGGCUGUCCCCACCAGCGUUUGGGGUUGGUGAUGGACACAGCCUCAACCUCGCGCAUCUCCCCCUCUGCUUUCUAUGCUGACUGUUAUGCUUUGCCUGCUCUGCUUCCUGUGAAGUGAAUUGAUGAGCGUUCUGUGCUCAGCUUGCCUGCAGUGUGCUCCGUGCUGUGGUUGGAUGGGGUGGGUGAGAGGAUUGUGUCCUGGUUUGGCUGCUCAGAGUGCUGAGUACCUGCUGUCCCGCUUCUUUGCUCUGCCUGCUGCUCACUCCCUCCAUAUUUCCCCCCCUCCCCCAUCACCUCCCCUUUGUGACCCCACACCCAUGGUUGCCUGCUCCCUGUCCUGGAUGAGCUCUAGUUUACUCAAUGCCAUCCCUGUGUGCUGGGAUCUCCUUGCUCCUCCUCCCAGCUGUCCCUACAUAUAUUUCCCCCCCCCAGCUGAAUGUCCUGCAGCACUUCCUUCCUGCCCCCAUCCUGCUGCCUCUGUAAUCCUCACCCUUCCCCACUCCACAUCCCUCAUCCCUCCCUUCCCCAUACUCUGUGUCCCUGCUGUGCCCCUCCCCCUGCAGUUCUGUGCAUCCCCACAUUGUACCCUGUACUCAAAUAUGAUUGUUCUGCUGCCCUCCA